AUGACAUCGAUGCAGUCGUCGUUGCUGCGUGGCGGCAAUGGCCCAACCAUGCCGUCGCCUAAGCGAGCUAAGCUGGACGAUGCGCAGCUACCGGAGGCGUAUCAGCAGCAACGUCCUCCGUGGAGGCCUCCUCUUCAUCCAGCAGCCGUCGGUGGCGACCUUCCGGACCUCUUCCCCACCAAGCCUUACCAGCCAGAGAAUGACAUGUCACAGGUCUCUGUGCGUAAGGGCUUUGCUGCCCACCCCUACGUUCGCAACGAGUCCUUCUCCGCUCACGAGAUGAUCUACACCCGACUCGCUUCACCUGAUACCAUCCAUUUGCUCUCCAGCUGCAUGGACGAGAUCCUGCAGCGUCGACGCGAGCUCGACAGAAACAAUGUGGCGCCCUCCCAGUACAGGCCUCCAUCACGUGUCACGCUCAACGAAGCUAAGCUCGCAAACUAUGUCAAGGAUCUCGCCGACCCUAGUGUGCCGCUGACUCGCCUCUCUAGAAGUGUACCUCACGGCUUCAGAGGAGAGAAGCUAUUCGAGAUGCUCUGGGCCGGCGGCGCUCUCCCCUCCGCCACAGCAGCAGGAGCGAAUGCCAACUACUUCAACCCUCGCAAUGCUCCUUCUACACAGCAGUUUCAAGCUCUCUCUUGCUCUGCAGCCUCGAUUUCAGCUCCCACUGCACCAAGAAAGAGCGUUGACAUCUCGCGUGCUGUCUGGUUUAUUCGCGCUCUCGGUGCAGCCGAGCUCUCCUCCUUGCGAAACAAGUCAGCUGCCACCAUCGUCCCUGAGAUCACCUCCAACCUUUGCACUUGGAUGGCUAAGCAAGUCGCCGAGCUCAAUCUCAUUCAAGCCGCUGAAUCUUCAUCUACUGCUGCUGCUGCUGCUGCUGCUGCUGCUGCCUCUCCGGCUCCCCUUUCGCCCUCGCCGCAUCUCUCUCGAACCUUCGGUGCCGGCCCUUCAUCCCUCUCACGAUCUAUGGCAGCUGCUCAUUUUGCAGCACCAACACCCCCCCAUCCCAACCCGGCCUCGUCUCCAUCCCCUGCACCGGCCAAACAAGUUUGCACCGUGCUGCAGAACCCAGUCGACCAAGAACGCUGGACUGCAAAGUGGUCUUACAGCUUGUCGCUGGCACGUCACUUGCAUGCACAGCAUCUCCUCGACCCCUCCCUUCUCGUUCGCUGGAUCGUUGACGCCUUUGCUGCUUCCAAUCUCGUCCAGCUUCCCUUUCUCGUGGAGCUAGUCCAGGAAGUGCUCCUCUUGAUCUUGCGGCGGCGUUGCUUUGUCAAGCCUUUCCUCACAGCGUUGCUCGUCCAAAUUCCCAGCCUUGAUGCCCGUCUCGAUCGUGCAGCCGCUGGUGGUUUGCGCAACAAGCUCAUGCUUCUUCUCCGCAUCGUCUGCGAGACCUGCCCUGAUCUGCUCAUCAGUCCUCGACUGUGGUUCGAGCAUGCUGGUACUCUGGCGCAGCUCCUCAACCAGCUCAACGCAGAGACUGAAGCGGACGCUGUAGGCACAACCGUUGCCACUCAGCUCAGCGACUAUGUCGAGCGUACCGUCAAGCCUAGAGUGGAAAGACUUCUUUUGCAAUCUCAACGUCGCAGUACUGAUGAUGCCCACCAUACCACCUCGACCCCGUCUCCGGCAUCGCCGACUCUGCAACAACACAUGGACAUUCAUGCGCUCGACUCUUUCGACAUGAAGACCGUCGAUCGUGUCUUUUUGCAGAACGGUCCACCUGGUAAGAGUCCCGCCAAAUACACCCGAGACGACGCUUUCUGGGCACCAAGAGUCGAAACCAUCCUCACCUGGGCUUGCACCGACCGGCGCAUAGGUGUAGCGCGUCAGUAUCUUGCAGCCACCUUGAUUGAAAAGAUCCGCUUUGGUGUCUCGUGGCAAGAGACCAGUGAAGGUAGCGACCAACUCUCGCUCCCUGCCUUUGAUUUCGAGCACCACGCCAAAAAGACGCGCAAGAUCAAUGUCGAGCCUAUGCUGAUCAAGUGGCUCGGCGAUGUCGAAGCGACUCUGAACAUGGGCACCGACAACUCUCCUUCCGAGUUGCGCGCAGGCUUGUUGGCGACCAUCGAGCUGUCUUCCAUCGUUGUACUCACUGGCGAGCUGGCCAGGAGAGGUGUCUUUUCAUACACAAAGUAUCUUCAGAGGCUCAUUGCACGUGGGAUGACCACCGCUCCAUCAAGCAGCAAGGAGGACGACAACGAAGCUGCUGCGUUGGCAUCUGCUCCUCCUCCUGCCCUCGGCUCUGCAGCUUCACGCGAUUCUCUCCAUUUGCGGCUUUUGCGAUCCUUACCGCUGUAUGACCAGCCCGCCUCGGUCUAUCAACAGCGAAGGCAAGCUAUCUACGGAGACCGCACCAAGGAGACGUACGAAGACGCGGCACAACGCCGUGCUCUGCGUCAAUUGCAAUCUUUCCUACCUUUCGCAUUUGCAGAAACUCCUGACUCUGGCAUCGAGAUUCCAGCGAUAGCAACCAUGUGCACCUCCGCCGCUCCGCCGUCAUCAGGCGACAUCGAUGACACUAACCCCAAUGAAGCCCUCUCGCGCCUAUGGUCCGCAUCACGCUAUGUACGGUGCAAGAUCUUCCGCACCGACCUAGUUCCUGCCGUGUCGGCACGCAUCGACUAUCUCAACGGCGAACAGCUUUCGCGGAUCGCAGCCGUCCUUGUCAUGGGCGAUGAUUUCGAGAGUUUGGCUCAGCUUCUGGCUACGCUUCUUUUACGUCCGCUCUCCGACAGUCUGGCGCGUGCUACGUUCAACCUGGUCAUCGAACAUAGCCUUGUCUGGAGAUCCAUGGACAUCAUGGGCACCCUCAAUCAGCUUGUGCGGCAGCAGCUCAAUCAUUCCAGCUCGAUCCGUAAUGACAGGCAGGCGGUGAUGGCUUCGACUACGUUGCUGCGACUUCGUACCUUGAUCGAAGGUAUUCCAAGCCGAAUGCAUGCUCCUGUGCCUGAGUUAGCAUCCGAACGCGAUGCUAUUCAACAACACGUACGUGCAUUGCGGCCAAAUGUCGAUGUCCUGCUGGACAGAUUUGCGCAAAAGCUGCAGCAGCAGCAUGCUUCCAGCGAAGUGGGUCAGAACAGUGCUGCCACGCCCGCUGCUGAAGGCUCGGACAUCCUGACACCCUUCCGCAGCCUCUUUUUGCAGCCCGAUGCAACGAGCGACGAGAUCAUCGAAGGGACUAUCGUUGAAGGCGUGCUCGAGCGUCCCAACGAGACCCUCAUUCCUGCAGCCGUGCGUUUGAUCGAUCAGCUCUACCUUGAAGCAUCGCUCGAGAUUGAUGAGCGACAUGCACGCUGGCUUGCUCACCUUGCCAACAGCAUGCAACAACACAUGCAUGCCGAGUCGUCGGUGAAAGCGUUGCUGGGCUUGUUGACUCGACUCAUCGCCCACGGCACGCUCAACUUGCAGCUUGCCAUGGACACCUUCCUGCUGCCCUACUUGCUCUCCUUGGUCAGAAGAAUGACUGAUCCGGCUACGCGCAAUGCCGAAUCUGCUUUUCAUCUUGUCGCCGUGGUAGGAAGUUUGGGACAGAUGUUCGCCAGCAGUCUCGACGAUGUCUCCAACCCGACUCUAUCCUACGAAGACGCGCGUGCUUUUGGAGCACAAGCCAAGCUUCUCUUUGCUCAAGUCAAUUUGCCUUUGCUUCUGCGCACGGCAUCGUGCUUGAUUUGUGCCUCGGACGAGUGGUCACCGAUGGAAGCCUCAGACAAGGCUCAAAUCGAGAGCUUCUGGAAGUCUCUGCUUCGUUCUGAGCCAAUGCAGAUUGCGUUUCGUCAAGAUGCUCGAACGUGCAUGCUCACCAUUCGCGAUACGUGCAAGUCGAUGUGGGGCUGCAACCCAUCUCGUGUAAUGGACAUUGCUAUGGCAUGUUUGCAUUCGAACAGCUUGUUGCUCCGCGAUGUCGGCAGCAUCGAUGCUGCUUCGGUUCGAGCAAGACUUGACGGUUGGGAUACAGCUGUGGUGGCCAACGAGCUGGUCGAGAUCUUUGAGCGUCUUCAGCUUGUCGAAUCUAGCUUCCAGUCGAGAGCUGAUAGUAAGACUAGGGCUCUGGCGUCGGGCAUCUUUGAUGAUCUUUUCGUGAGAUUGCCUGAUAUUGGGGCACAGUUGAUGCGCGAUUGCCAGUCAAGUGGUCUCAUCUCGCGCUUUACGGAUAUUGGAAUUAAGAUUCUGUCUGACAAGGUCAAGGCAGGUGCUGAUGCGGUGCGCACUUGGUCCAAGGCUAUGGCGGAUGAUGCAGGGGUAGAAGCAAAAGCGGACGUCCAGGACGCAACACCAACGCAGAAUACCGUGUCAAAGGGUAGCAGUGGUGAAGGGAUCGUCGCAGCUGACGAGCGACUGCCAGAAAGCCAAGUCGAAUUCACCAUGCGAUCCGUUCUGCACAUGUGUGAACAGCAAGAUAGUUUCAUCUUUAACGCUACUGAUGCAGACUCGUGUGGACAGCUUUUGGUUCAUGUGAUUGCUUCUCUCGAAGCUGCCGUAGCCAGCUCCACUAAAAUUGGCUCGACGGGUGAUGACGGCCUGGCAACUCGACUCUCUGCAUUACUGGACAGCAGGCUCACAUUGCAGCUAUUGCAUCUUGUCAUGCGAUUCGGAUGUCUCUGGAACGGAUCGAUGAAAGCUACUGCUCUACGCCUAGUCAAAGCCUUACUGGAAUUGACUCGUCAAGCGGGCGCGAGAGCCGAAUGCGGUCGUCAAUUCGUACUGCUACUCGAUUCAGUCAGUUUUGUGCUGGAUGAAUUGCCACCACAAUUACUCAGUGCUUGCAUCCCGGACCUGGAGACACAGUUGCAACAGGUGGAUUUGGCAACUUCGGAACGGACGGAAAAGCUGCAGCAUCUUUCUUUUAUGCUAGAUAAUCCUGCAAGGCCGGCUGGAUGGUUUGUAGCAUCGAGUGCACGAGCUGCAGUGAAAAGAGGUUGGUUUACUCCGGCUGGAUUGAAUCCUUGGGACUGUGCCGAGUAUUUAGAUAUCAAUGCUGCUGGUGCGCAUACAACUCAAACAGGCAAAGCUUUGGGGCAAAUGCAAGCUCGGAACCUCUCCAACCCAACAGCCACAGCAAUGGUAGGGGAUGCCUUUUCCCAAACGAAUCCAGUCUUGCCAAGCGCAAGAUCAGGAUGGCCUGACAAACUAACACUCAACACAGCCAUCCCUCUGUGCAUGCUUGGAGUUGGUGUCACACGGGAUUUGGUGCCUCACCAUGCAUCUCGCCUUGCUGCUUCACCCACGGGCCUCAGCGAUUCUUGCACCACGCCUUGCCUCGCUGCAAGCACUGAAGAGGAGCGGUGUCGACGACUACCGAUAUCUGUCGAAUCGGAACGAUCCUACGGUUCUAGAAUAGCUGGCGAACCGAUUUUCUCUCGUCAUCUUCGACGUGGUUUACUCCCCCACCCAACUCUGCCCUCACUGCACAAAGGAAAAGCGCCAACGACAAAUGCAAACGUCGCCCAUGGUGUACCACUGAAACGCGGAGAAGAACCAAGGGCCAGAAUGUCAGAAGAAGCAAUUCCGGUGAUUGAUCUAACCUACGACGAUCUUGCUGGAGCCGAGCAUUUCCAGCCGAGCGCUGCUAGGCGAUCUGGAAGGGGAGCAAGUUGGAAAAGAAGCAUGUCUCAGCGCGAUUGA